GAGUCACACUUGUCUUCACUCGGAAAAUUCGAAAUCGAGAUCAAAUGUCGAUGACGAUAUGGGCACUUCGCCGUGACGUUCGCCGGAAAAGUUACUCGAUCCUCGUCAGAUACAUCUCCGGCUCUUCAUCUUCUGGAAGAUCUUCGGUCAAGCCUAAUGAGCAGUGUAUCGAGAAGGUUCUAGUGGCGAACAGAGGCGAGAUCGCUUGCCGGAUCAUGAGAACUGCGAAGCGUCUAGGGAUUCAGACCGUCGCUGUUUACAGCGACGCUGACAGAGACUCUCUCCACGUGAAAUCUGCCGACGAGGCCGUACGAAUCGGCCCUCCUCCGGCUCGGCUCAGUUACCUCAGCGCCGCCGCUAUCAUGGAGGCAGCGGCUCGAACCGGCGCACAGGCAAUACACCCUGGCUACGGGUUCUUGUCGGAAAGUUCGGACUUUGCUCAGCUCUGUGAAGAUUCGGGACUAACAUUCAUUGGACCUCCAGCAUCUGCAAUUAGAGACAUGGGUGAUAAAAGUGCGUCCAAGAGAAUAAUGGGGGCUGCUGGAGUUCCUCUCGUGCCUGGGUAUCAUGGCCAUGAGCAAGAUAUUGAUCAUAUGAAGUCAGAAGCGGGAAAGAUUGGAUACCCUAUUAUAAUCAAACCAACACAUGGAGGUGGGGGAAAGGGAAUGAGGAUAGUGCAAAGUGAGAAGGAUUUUGCUGACUCGUUUUUGGGGGCUCAACGUGAGGCUGCUGCUUCUUUUGGCGUUAACACAAUUCUUCUCGAGAAAUACAUCACUCGACCGAGGCAUAUAGAAGUCCAGGUAUUUGGUGACAAACAUGGGAAUGUUCUUCAUCUUUACGAAAGGGAUUGCAGUGUACAAAGAAGACACCAAAAGAUUAUUGAAGAAGCUCCUGCGCCUAAUAUAUCUGAAAAGUUCCGGGCUAGCUUAGGCCAAGCUGCUGUCUCUGCUGCACGGGCAGUUGGAUAUUACAAUGCUGGGACGGUGGAGUUCAUAGUUGACACUGAGUCUGAUCAAUUUUAUUUUAUGGAGAUGAACACCCGUCUCCAGGUUGAGCAUCCUGUAACUGAGAUGAUUGUUGGUCAAGAUCUUGUGGAAUGGCAGAUUCGUGUUGCCAAUGGGGAACCUCUCCCCAUUAGCCAAGCCGAGGUGCCAUUGUUAGGUCAUGCCUUUGAGGCGAGGAUAUAUGCUGAAAAUGUUCCAAAGGGAUUUCUUCCUGCAACUGGAGUCCUCAAUCAUUAUCGCCCUGUUGCAGUCUCAUCAUCAGCAGUUCGGGUGGAAACUGGAGUUGAGCAAGGAGACACUGUUAGCAUGCACUAUGAUCCUAUGAUUGCAAAGCUUGUUGUAUCUGGAGGCAAUCGCGGCGAAGCUUUAGUGAAACUUAAGGACUGCUUGUCUAACUUUCAGGUAGCAGGUGUACCUACAAACAUAAAUUUCCUUCAAAAACUUGCUAGUCACAAAGAGUUUGCAGUGGGCAACGUAGAAACUCAUUUUAUAGAGCACCAUAGAACCGAUCUAUUCGCUGAUGAAAGCAAUCCAGCUGCAGCGGAAAUGGCAUACAAGGCAGCUAAGCAUAGUGCAGCUUUGGUAGCUGCUUGUGUAUCCGCAAUCGAGCAUUCUUCUUGGAAUGAAAGUAACCAUGGGAAGCUUCCAUCAAUAUGGCAUUCUCAUCCUCCUUUUAGAGUCCAUCAUGAAGCCAAGCAAACGAUUGAGCUUGAGUGGGACAACGAAUGCGAGGGAACUGGCUCGAACCUUGUAUCACUCGGCGUAAUAAAUCAACCAGAUGGAAGCUAUCUCAUACAGGAAGGCAGUGAUUCUCCAAGUUUAGAAGUCAGAGUAACUCGAGCAGGAGGAAACUGCGAUUUUAGAGUUGAAGCGGCCGGGUUGAGCAUGAACGUUACUAUAGCCGCGUACUUGAAGGAUGGUUAUAAACACAUCCAUAUAUGGCGCGGUUCAGAACACCACCAGUUCAAGCAGAAGGUUGGGAUUGAAUUCUCUGGAGAUGAAGAAGGUGUCCAACACAGAACGAGCUCAGAAACAUCAUCACACCCUCCAGGAACCGUUGUGGCCCCCAUGGCUGGUUUGGUAGUGAAGGUCCUGGUCGAAAACGAAGCCAAAGUAGAUCAAGGUCAACCAGUAUUAGUCAUGGAGGCAAUGAAGAUGGAGCAUGUUGUGAAAGCACCGUCUUCUGGAAGCAUACAGGACCUCAAAGUUAAAGCAGGCCAACAGGUUUCAGAUGGAAGUGCUCUAUUCAGGAUCAAAGGGUAAAUAAACACGGUUACACGCUAUUGAUCGAACCCAUCCGCUAGUUUACACGAAACCUGAACUAAUAAGCAAUUUGGAUGUGUAUAUAUAAACUGAAAUCUUACAAAAGAUUAAUAAACUCCAAGCUUUUAUCAAA